CUCCAAUGGCUGCACAUGUCAAUUAAAAGGCCUAAAAGGACCAAGAAAUCGAUUUCAUUCCCAAACGCCAAGAGAUGGCACAUGCUGUCACAGAAUAUGAAAGAUUCAUCGUGCUCAUCAAGGUUUAAGGCCAAGGUGAAGAUUAUACAUCAGUAUACCAGCUCAUCGUGGUUGUGAUCAAGGCUGUGCUACGUAUGAGCGUGGGCUGUUUUUGUGAUGUGCAAUGAGCUCAAGGUGUUGCCGGCAUUUUGUAGUAAAAAUACGAUAAACAACAGGGGACGGUAAUAGUCACCAGGAGACAGCAAUGGCCACCACAGUGAUAGCAACCGUCUCAAGCUGUCACACAACACAAUACAAGUAUUGUUAACAGAAAACUGAAUUUAAGAAGAGCCCAUCCCACGCUGUGAUUUGGUGGCAGAAUGCAGCCGCAAGUCAUCAUGGAUGGACGCGCGUUUUAAACACACCAGUGACAUCACCAUCUGGACCAGUGACGUCACGCCAUGCUGAGCGCGUUGUUGGACGCCGGGCUGCUGGUGAGCAGCGGUAUCGCCUGCUGCUGGCUGCUGCUUCUGGCGCUGCGGCUGGUCUUCGGUGAAAAGCGCUGGUCAGCGGCGGGUGACGCGCUGUUCGCCCUCGCCAUGGACCGCGUGUUCAGCCGCCAGAUCCGCGAGCGGCUCGACGACACCAAGGCGCGCCUGUUCGCCGACCUCAAGACGCAGCUCUCGGCCGACGAGAGUCUGCGGCAGGACAGCGCGCUCAACAUGCUGGAGAUCGGCGUCGGCACGGGCGCCAACCUCGAGUUCUACCCGGCCGGGUCCCGGCUGACCUGCGUCGACGCAAACCCGGCGUUCGAGUCGUACUUUCGCGAGCGGUGCGGGGCGGCGGCCAGCCACCUGCGACCGCCGCUACGCUUCCUGGUGGCGGACGCGGGUGACAUGCCGGCCGUGGCCAGCGACUCCAUGGACGCCGUGGUGGCGACGCUCCUCUUCUGCAACAUGGAGCGGGCGGCGCCGGUGCUGAGCGAGGUCAAGCGAGUCCUGGCGCCGGGCGGCCGGUUCUACUUCAUCGAGCACGUGGCGGCGCGCGAGGGCACGUGGCGG